UCACUUCGCUGGCUUUUACAACUUGCGUGGUUAUUCACACUGGACUUUGUGGUAGUGACUCCCAAUCUUUUGGGGCAGCAGCACAGCUUGGAUGUUGGGCAAGACGUCACCCCAGGACAUUGUCACUCGGCCCAGCAGCUUGUUGAGUUCGUCGUUGCGGAUGGCCAGCUGCGUGUGGCGUGGGAUGAUGAGGGUGUUCUUGCCCCGACGGCGUUGCCCACCAACUCCAGGAUGUUGGAGGCCAGGUACUCCAGAACCGCAGGCGGGUACCCUAGCGAGCCGCCCCCGACCCGCUCAGCAUAGCUGCCCUUGCUGAGCAGCCGGCGGACACAGCCCAUGAGGAACUGCAGAACCUCUCUGAAUGAAAAGCGCCUGCCUUUUCCCCGAGCUUCCCCAGUCUAAGACAUAGCUUAAAAAUAAAAAUUAUAACGGAAAAAGACACCCGUUAAAACGGGUAGUCAGCGUAUUUCUAGUCUGAUGGCAGAUGGUGGCUUAUUAUCUGACUGAUUGGCUGAUAGCCAUCUAUCCAAUCAGAGAACCUUACUGCUAUUGCCUUAUUUACAUACUUCCUCUACCUAUUAUCCAAUCAGAUGUUGGCUGCAAAUGACGUAGGUUGAGGGCCAUACCUAUAAAUAUCACACUUCGCUCCAGUCAAAUGUCACUUACUGAUCUCCCAGUGAACUUGUAAGAUGAACGUGCUGCAGCUUGCUUCAAAGGGCACUACAACUUCCAAAAAGGGCUUCAAGAAGGCAGUCGCUAAAACUCAAAAGAAGGAGGGUAAAAAGCGCAAGAGAUGCCGCAAAGAGAGCUAUUUUAUUUACAUUUACAAGGUGCUGAAGCAGGUCCACCCGGACACUGGAAUCUCUUCCAAGGCCAUGAGUAUCAUGAAUUCUUUUGUUAGUGACAUUUUUGAGCGCAUUGCAGGUGAGGCUUCCCUCCUGGCGCAUUAUGACAAGCACUCGACCAUCACCUCCAGGGAGAUCCAGACGGCCAUGUGCUUGCUGCUGCCCGGGGAACUAGCCAAGCAUGCUGUGUUAGAGGGCACCAAGGCUGUCACCAAGUACACCAGCUCCAAGUAAAACAUAAUCCAGCCAGCAGAUGAGCUCCACAAACCAAAGGCUCUUUUAAGAGCCAGUGAAAGCUUCUAAUAGGGCUGUAGAAUGUUUAUUUUAUUAUAGGGUAUGCGUCAUUGCCAGACUGAUAAACUUUUUUCCUGGACUAGACAUACAUGGUUAUCUCUUAAGUCUAAAUUUCGCAUUAACUCUUUCUGCAGCAGUUUGGGUGAAAGUUAAAAUCUCACAGCUGAAGCAAUCCAAGAGGAGCUCCCAUAAUCCUGGGUUCAUGGGGAUAUUCUUUCUGUGGAUAGUGCCAUGGGGAAAUUUGACUUUUUGUCUAUGACUUUUUCUACUACAAACCCUCUACGAUGACAAAAAAGGCCUGGAGCUCCCCACUUAGGGAAGUCUGGCACUGAGCAUUAGGCUGUUUGCUUUUUCUUGACUUUGGCCAUAAUGUGUGCAAAACAUCCUCCAAGUCCGGGUGGACCUGAUCAGCACUUUGUAGAUGUAAAUAGAAUAGCUCUCUUUGCAGCAUCUCUUGUGAUUUUUACGCUCCUUUUCUUGCACUCUACUAUGAAAAGUGAUCAGGCUAACUCUCCUUUAUCUGCUGGGAUUUGAGGUUUAAAGCCGCAGGUUUCUGCGUCUCUGUGAACUCCAGUAAACUGCUUACUCAAUAUCACAGUUCUUAAUGUUGCUUAGCCACUUAAGAAUUCUCUCCACAGGGAUUUCCAGAUGAUUCCAACAGAACUCUUUCCUGGACAUCUGUGUUCUCUAUAUCCAUGAGUACCACCCUAUUCACAUGGUUGUCCAAACCAGAAAUGUUUUUUCUCUAAUAGUCUCUGUUCAACUUCUAUCCACUUCAAUCUCUCAAGAUAUGGUAAUUUUACUUCCUAUAUAUUUCUGUUGUCUGAUUAUUCACCAUCUCCACAGCUACCAUUUUUGUCUGCAUACUCAUAUCUCUCAAGUGAAUUACAGUUUCUAAUUAAUCUCACUGCUCUUAAUCUUGCCUCCCUAAAAUCCACUCUCUGCCCAACUAUUUUCAUUUCUUAAAUUGACAAAUAAAAACCAUGCAUUUACUGUAUACAACAUGACGUUUUGAUAUAUGUAUACAUUAUGGAAUAGCAAUCAAUCUAAUUAACAUAGGCAUUACCCCACAUAUUUUUUGUUACGGAAACACUUAAAAUCUACUUUCUUUGCAAUUUUCAAGAAUAGAACAUAUUGUUACCAACUAUAAUCAGCAUAUUGUAUAAUAGAGCUCUUCAACUUAUUCCUCCUAAGUGAAAUUUCAUAUCCUUUGACCAAUAUCUUCCCACCACUCCCCAACUGUAGCCACUGGUAACCACCACUCUGCUCUCUACUUCCAUGAGUUCAACAUUUUUUAAAUUCCACUUAUGAGAUCAUACAGCAUUUGUCUUUCUGUGCCUGGCUCAUUUCACUUAACAUCCUCCAGGUUCAUCCAUGUUGCUGCCCAUGACAGGAUUCUUUUUCUAAGGCCAAAUAGUAUUCUAUUUUGUAUAUAUGCCACAUUUU